AUUUUGCGGCUUUUGGUGCAAAGCGGAUUACGGCAGUACGGAUCACUGGGCUGAUUGUUGGACACUAUUUAGAAUUAUUUAUUUAAUUCGUUAAAUGGGGUUCUGAAAUAUAUUCUGCGGAGACAAUUAUACUUUUAAAUAAGAAAAAUAAUGUACUGUACAUUAGGCAGGAUUACUUCGAGUUUACAGUGUGUUGCUUUAUACCUAAGGCCUGUACGGCAUCGCUGUGGGGUUUAUGUUGGACCUCACGUAGUAGAAAAUAGAGGCGGACAAAACAUUACCCGACACCGCAAGAAACAUACAUCAUCAUUAUCUCAAAGUCAGACCCCACAUCAUCACAAUCCAAAGGUACCACAGACACCAACUUGGGAAUGUGUGAGGGAGGAUCAGCUUCCCCUGCCUACGAAGGUCCCUCCGGACUUGGUCGACAAACUGGAGCGACUGGCAUUACUGGACUUCCGUAACCAGGACGGCGUGGAUUGUUUAGAGAAAGCCAUUCGCUUUGCCGACCAACUUCACGUCGUGAACACGGAUGGGGUCGAGCCGAUGGCCUCGGUUCUUGAGGACCGCACGCUGUACCUGAGAGAUGACCGCAUUGAGGAAGGUGACUGUGCAGAGCAGCUACUUGGACUUGCCAGAAACACCCUGGAGGGCUACUACGUGGCACCCCCAGGAAACAUCCCUCUCCCAGAGCGAGACGAACGCGAGGUACUGUUGAAAUACUCAGAGAUGUGACUGUGGAAACCAACCAACCAACUGAACAGCCAGAUUUAACUGUACAAAAGUCACCAUACUUUUAGAUGUUCUCAGGACCACUAGCAAUUCACUGCUGUUGUAUACUUACCAAAGGUCCAUGAGUGCAAACAGGCACCUGUCGUAGUUGCAGGAAUACUUUUGAAUAGGUUUAUUUGCAGAUGUAAUUCCCCCAAAAUCGAAUCGUUAAAAUGCCCCUUCUUCCCCCCCCCCCCCAAUUACCUGUUCUCAGAUCUGCAAAGAAUACUAAUGUUUCACUCCAUUUGACAAUUUUAAAAAUGCCACAAGUCUGACUGAAGAUGAUGUAUGCUUUGCUUGACUUUCCAGCAUUUCUAAACAUCAAAAUUGAAAACCUUUAA